GGAAGCUCCUCCCCCUCCAUGUCCCGCCUUUACCUGCGUUUCGAUUGGCUGCGCCCCCUGGCGGUCCCUGCUCCGGCCGCUUCCGCCUCCAUCCGGGCUCUUGCGCUGACCCGCGAUGUGACCCGUCAAUACGGCAACAAUGGCGGAGCCUUCUCUUGGGAAUGCAAGCCCAGGAGGCUCGGUUGCGUCUGACGACCACGAGUUCGAUCCGUCGGCCGACAUGUUGGUCCACGAGUUUGAUGACGAGCGGACGCUGGAAGAGGAAGAGUUAAUGGAGGGGGAAGUGAAUUUCACUUCUGAGAUUGAGCACCUAGAAAGGGAAAGUGAGAUGCCAAUUCAUGAGUUACUGAGGCUCUAUGGCUACGGCAGUACAGUACCUAUGCCUGGAGAAGACGAAGAAGAGGAGGAAGACGAAGAGGAGGAAGAGGAAGAAGAAGAUAAUGAUGGAAACAGUGGCAGUAGUGGGGAAAAUAAGGAUGAAGCGAUUAAAGAUUCAUCGGGUCAGGAAGAUGAGACUCGUUCCUCUAAUGACGACCCCGCGCCAUCAGUGACUCAAGACGCGCAGGAAGUGAUCCGUCCCCGACGCUGCAAGUAUUUUGAUGCAAACAAUGAAAUUGAAGAAGAAUCUGAGGAUGAUGAAGAUUAUAUUCCAUCAGAAGAUUGGAAAAAGGAGAUUAUGGUAGGAUCUAUGUUUCAAGCAGAAAUCCCGUUUGGAAUGUGUAGAUACAGAGAAACAGAAAAAGUGUAUGAAAAUGAUGACCAGUUACUGUGGAAUCCAGAUUUUGUUGUGGAGGAAAGAGUGAUCGAGUUUCUGAAUGAAGCCUCGAGAAGAACCGGGGAGGAGAAGGGCCUGGAGGCCAUCCCUGAGGGAGCACAUAUAAAGGACAAUGAACAGGCCCUUUAUGAGCUGGUGAAAUGCAAUUUUGACACAGAAGAAGCUUUAAGAAGAUUAAGGUUUAAUGUGAAAGCCGCACGUGAAGAGCUUUCUGUGUGGACCGAGGAAGAAUGCAGAAAUUUUGAGCAAGGUCUCAAAGCGUACGGGAAAGACUUUCAUCUAAUACAGGCAAACAAGGUGAGAACACGAUCGGUUGGAGAAUGUGUGGCUUUUUACUACAUGUGGAAGAAGUCAGAGCGGUACGACUUCUUCGCCCAACAAACGAGAUUCGGCAAAAAGAAAUACAACCUGCACCCUGGUGUAACGGAUUAUAUGGACCGGCUUCUAGAUGAGAGUGAGAGUGCCGCAUCUAGCCGGGCGCCGUCCCCACCGCCCACUACCUCUAACAGCAGCACCAGCCAGUCUGAGAAGGAGGACAGCGCCGCUGCCAACACCAACCAGAACGGCGUUGCUGUUAACGGUCCAUCAGAAGUCGCCACUUACAAAGAUGAUUCCACCGCCGGAGUCGUUCACCUAAACGGACCCAGCGCUGCAGAACCGUCCUUGAACGACACAGACACCAAUGGCUACAACCGUGACACUUUAUCUAGUGAUUCCAAAUUCAGCCAUUCUAACAACAACAACCGCGACAAAGAGCCCGACGACACCAACGACCGAACCGCGAAGAGACGACGGAUCGACAGCCCCGGAAAAGACAGUCCUGGAUCGUCAGAAAUUUCUCAGGAAAUAUUUUCACACGGGGAGGUCUAAAGCUGCGAUCGAUGAUUGAGACAUUUUUUUGAAGUAUGUUUCUAGGGGUCUUGAAAUUUCAGGGGUCAACUUGGUUAUUUAACAAGCUCUAUUUUUAAUGUAUAAUUUUUUUUUAUUUUUGUUUAAAUCCCAAAAAAAACAUUUCAGCCACAACGUUCUUUUUAAUUUUUAUUUAUUUUAAAUUUUUUUGGGGAGAAAUGAUGGAAGGACCUUCAGAAUGUAUCGUUCCAAUACCACAACAAUCCUUGCUGGUAACUUAGUUAUUUACAUUUUUUGCAUUUUGGGAAAUUUUUCUUUUUUUUUUUUUUUUUUUUUUUUUUUUUUGCCUUUUCAACUUGUCGGAUUUGAAAUUGCUAAAGAAAAGUAGACCCCCGAAUGUCGUAGGCGGCAGUUUUUAUAGGUAGAAGUUAAAGAGUAAACCAAAUAAGGUUUGUGUAUGUAAAUUAUUGACAUCAAUGAUGUCUUUUUCUAUUUCUAUCUGGGCUGAAAAAAGAUACGUGGUGUAUUUUUCCAGAUUUCUUCGUAGCCUUUGAGAAGAGAGAUUUUUACAGUAACUAUGUUUUGAAUGAACUGUCCUUUUUCUUAAACAAAGCUUGUAUAAUUUUCUUAACUUGUACAGUUGAUAAACUUUUAUUAUGAGAAAUUAA